AUGACACUACUUCAGAACGGUGUCUCCGGGCAUCAUGCUUCGCCCGCUGGACAAACUCCCGUAAAAAGGCAAACUGCUGCCAAACCCCGCUCUGCAUUGAUCCUUUAUGGCUCGGAGACAGGGAAUGCUCAAGAUGUCGCUCAAGAGAUUGCUCGUUUGACUGAACGUCUGCGUUUUGAUACAACUGUCAUAGAUCUUGACUCGAUAGAACUUCGUGAUUUGCUCAAGCAUACCAUCAUCAUUGUAGCUAUAUCGACUACGGGACAAGGCGAAUUUCCACAAAAUGCCCGUUCAUUUUGGAAGGUGUUGCUGAGCAGUCAGCUUCGACCUGGUGUCCUGCGGCGUGUCAAUUUCACCACCUUUGGUCUCGGUGACAGUUCGUAUCCACAAUACAAUGUCGCCCACCGCAUGCUACACAAUCGUAUGCUUCAGCUGGGUGCUCAGCUAUUCUGCCCAAAAGGGGAAGGCAACGAACAGCAUCCAGAGGGCCACAAUGGCGAGUUUCGCGCCUGGAUCGUGGAUCUGAAGCAAGGACUUCUGCAGAAAUUUCCCUUGCCUGUUGGACAGGACAUCAUUGCCGAAGACGUUUUCCUGGAACCUAGGUGGUGCUUACGAGUCUCUCCCGACAGUAAUGCUACGCAUGCCAAAGUGGAAUCCCUACCUGAAGCCCUUACUCUGGACACGCCUCCAGCGGACGAUAUCUUGCCGAUCAGAGACAGCAUUCUCGCUAACCUAUUGUCAAACACGCGUUUGACUCCACUCAGUCACGGUCAAGAUGUUCGGCUCUUGGAUUUCCGCGUGCCUCCAGAUGUCGACUAUGGCCCUGGCGCCGUUGCCGUUGUGUAUCCGAAGAACUUCCCAAAGGAUGUGAACCAGUUCAUUGAAACGAUGGGCUGGCAGUCCAUGGCCGAUAAGCCUUUGGAGUUAGUACCUACAGCGGAGGUCGCUGAUCUGGCCUCCUAUCCCCCCUCACCUCUCAGAUAUCUCAGGCAAAACAAGAAGCAAUUUACCAUGCGCGAGCUGCUGACGAACUAUCUGGACAUAUUAUCCAUACCUCGGAGAACAUUCUUUUCUUCGCUGGCUUACUUCACCAAAGAAGGAAACGAAGAUGAGGGCUACCAAAAAGAACGCAUACUGGAGCUAGCGAAUCCUGAGCUGAUCGAUGAACUGUGGGAUUACACGACUCGACCAAAACGAACCAUUCUCGAGAUCAUGCCCGAAUUUCCGAGUGUCAAAAUUCCUUGGGAAUACGCUCUGGAUAUCAUACCAGUCAUGCGAGGUCGUCAAUUUAGCAUCGCAAGCGGAGGAAGCCUGAAACGCCUUGAAGAUGGCAAUGCUAGAGUGCAAUUACUCGUGGCUAUCGCAGAUCCUCCUAAUCCUAUCAUCAAACUACGCAGACGUUAUGGAGUCUGCACCCGAUACAUUGCAACAUUGCAAGCUGGUCAACAAUUCAGUCUGACGAUUCAACCGGGCUAUCUAAAUGUGAGCCCAGAUGAAGUCCAUGCUCCUGUACUCAUGAUCGGUCCAGGCACUGGUGUUGCUCCCAUGCGAUCGAUGAUCUAUGAGCGCUUACAAUGGGGAAAAGAGAGUGCUUCGAGGCAACCUUGUGUCUUGUUCUUUGGAUGCCGCAACGAGGAGGCCGAUUAUUUCUUCCGCGAUGAAUGGCAGAACCUUUCCGGUCAAGGCCUCACUGUAUUCCCAGCCUUCUCUCGCGAGCAGAACAAGCCAAGAACCUAUGUUCAGGAUUUGAUUCGCAGGCAUGCAGAUCUUGUUCUCCGAUUACUCGAACAAGAGAACAGCAAGGUGUAUGUCUGUGGCUCCUCGGGGAACAUGCCCAAGGGAGUUCGCGAGGCCUUAUCAGACGUGCUUCGAGAACAUGGUCAGAUGGAGGCCAAUAAAGCGAGCGAGUAUCUUGAUCAGAUGGAGAAAGACGGUCGUUACAAGCAAGAGACAUGGUAG